AUGUACUGUAGUGGUGGCGUUAUCCUCAAGUACAUUCCACAAUGGCGCUCCAUAUUCGUCUCCAGCCUUCAGUCCGCGCCAGCUUUGAAUCUGGACAAAACAAUCGCGACCCUCAGCGAGCACGCCACGGCAUUUGUAAGGAGUUUAAUCUUCUCUGGCCACCUGAAGGAAUUUGUGUCCCAUGGCCCGGCAGCCGUUGCAACGUCGUGCGUGAUUAGCGUCACCGUCGGCGACAAGAAGGCAGAUAUCGACAUGCUGGUGGCAACGUUUGACCGAAAGACGUGCGGAUGUUCUCUCGAUGCCCGCCGACUGGUAAACAUAUUGUCUGAGUAUUACUCAACAAGUACAUCGAGUGCCGCGAGGUCCGCUACAGAUGUCACAGAAGUUGCAGUAGCUCCAAUGUCCGAAGACAUCAUGGUAUGUGGUGCUAGUGACGCUACGUCGAAUCGCAAGCGAAAGCGUGGCGGAGAUUAUGACAUGUUGGACGAGCGUGCUAAGUUGGCCACAGCUCAACCGUUUCAGUACACUCAAGUGCUGGGGCGUCGCGAAGUGCAGCUGGUCAUGCAACGGAUUGACGACAUAGCUACCACCCAGCAAGAGUCUAAGCAAGCCGCCCCGAAGACCGUAUGGAACGUGGACAUGUUUCAAGUCCUGCUCAAGUUACGCCUCCGUACAUACGCGUCGCUGUUCUAG